CCAGGUUACUGUGCGGCUAGAGGCAGACGCGUCGCCACAGAUCCACGGCGCAUUAGCACAGGCUUUCCCCGGGGAGCGUGUUUUUGGGCGGUUCCUCAUGCCAGGAAACCUUCUCCUGGACCCCACCUCUCUGGGGCGGUAAAGAUGUGCACCGGUUGGGAAGGGGCGGCGGGAGAGCGGUGCCGCUCUGAACCACGCUCAUGAACACUGCCUGUGAAGAGGGAACUUGUCCGGAGCCGCUCGGGGUCUUGGGUCCGCCCGGAGACUACAUUUCCCGGCAUCCUCGCGGUAGCGGAACUACCUUACCCGAAAGCCUGAGCGAGCUGUCUCCCGCCUUCCGCUUCCUCCUGCCCAUCGGAAAGGAGACCAUGAGGCGUCGCUGGGCUUGGCCCCCUCUGCACUCCGCUGGCAGCCGGGGCCGCUGGGUUUCAACUCCGCGAGGGCGAUUCUCGCCGGCCCUGCGGAGAGAUUUCUUGACCACUACAAGCAAGGAAGGAUAUGAUAGGAGGCCAGUGGACAUAACACCUUUAGAACAAAGGAAAUUAACUUUUGAUACCCAUGCCCUGGUUCGGGAUUUAGAAACUCAUGGAUUUGACAAACCACAAGCAGAAACAAUUGUAUCAGCAUUAACCACUUUAUCAAAUGUCAGCCUGGAUACUAUCUAUAAGGAGAUGGUCACUCAAGCACAACAGGAAAUAACAGUUCAACAGCUAAUGGCUCAUUUGGAUUCUAUCAGGAAAGAUAUGGUCAUCCUCGAAAAAAGUGAAUUUGCAAAUCUGAGAGCAGAGAAUGAGAAAAUGAAAAUUGAGUUAGAUCAAGUGAAACAACAACUGAUACAUGAAACCAGCCGAAUCAGAGCAGAUAAUAAACUGGACAUCAACCUCGAAAGAAGCAGAGUAACAGAUUUGUUUACAGAUCAAGAAAAGCAACUUAUGGAAGCAACCACAGAGUUUACCAGAAAGGACACCCAAACCAAAAGUGUUAUUUCAGAAACCAGUAAUAAAAUUGACACUGAAAUUGCUUCCUUAAAAACGCUGAUGGAGUCUAACAAACUUGAGACAAUUCGUUAUCUUGCAGCCUCCGUGUUCACUUGCCUGGCAAUAGCUCUGGGAUUCUAUAGGUUCUGGAAGUAGUACUGCUGCCGCUGCCUCUGCUGCCAAUGACUUCUUAGAACACUACAGGAGAGAUUUUCUUUCCACAUGGUCAGUUGCUGAAGAAACUUAUUACGAGAUUAUUCAAGGUGUACAUGGACUAGAGAAGCAUUUCAGGUACCUCCCCUUGAUUCUGUGUAUAUGCUAUGUUGAAAAGCUGUCAUCCAAAACAUGAUUUCAGAUGACAGAGCACUCUGUCCCUAAGUUUUUGAUAGUUCAUACAAAUAGAACCAGAAUUUUCUUUCAUUUGAACAACUUUAUAAAUAAAAUUAUGUUGAUAUCUGCUGCAAAUUUGAAAACUA